AUGGCAGCUUUUCAAGCUGAAACCUUCGAGGACUUGCACAAGGUCGUCGCGCAGCUCGCCAGCGGAAAUGAUUCUUCGGAGGCCGAGGCUUUCGCAGAGCUCCGGCAAUGCAAGGAGGCAUUGUCCAAGCCUUUCACGUUUCGGAGCCGCGAGGAUACGAUGGACCUACCGAGUUUGGCUCGCAGUAUCAUGGCGGAAAGGCCGAGGCUGGCAACAGAGCACUUGGUGAAGCUUGUUGACGAGGUAAGUCGCGUGCUGCGCCUGCAUCAGAGUGACUGUUGCACGCUGGUGGAGCGUGCUUUGUCUCUCGGCGUGGCCCUGCAAGAGGUGCCGAGGAAAUGUGCUGCCAUCUUCUACCGGGAGUGCCACUUCCAGGCCCUCUGCCUUCACGACAUGGGCCAGGGCCUGGCCCAGAACCCGCCGCGGAAGUCCAGCCUGGCGUUCUUCGGCCUUCUAGGAGGCCGGCGCUGCAUUGCAUCGCUUUUCGAAGCCCUUGGCCUGCUUCUGCGCGAGCUGACGGGCGAGCGAGCGGGAGACCAGGUCUUCCUCGUCCAUGCCGGCACGAUGAUCCAGCUCCUGGUGGAAACUCUGCUGGCGUAUUUCACAACAUUUCAAGCGACGGUGGAGGAGGCGGAACAGGUCCUCUCGUUGCUGCCGCACGUGGUCACAAGCCAACAUGCUCCAAUCGGCCAGGGCUUCACGGUGUCUGACCUGGACCUGGUCUUGAGGGAGGAGCACAACGAUGUGAGCAUCAAGCUUUGUCUGGUCCUGGUGUGCAUGUGCCACUCGCAGGCCUCCGGUGAUGCGAAGCUCGCCCCGGCGAAGCUGCGUGAAGACGUCCUGCCAUCGCAGAUCAGACUGCAGGACUUGGCUGCAGAGGCAGGGAGCUUGCUGUCGGGCCCGUUUGGCCAGAAGCUCCGGGCAGGCAACUACUGGAAUGAGGAAAGCCAACUCGGCCAAUUUUUAUGUUUUGCCAUCAGCGGCGUUCUGCUUGAAGAUGAUCAUGCACUUCGUGGCGGCUACGUGCGAUGGCACUUUUUCCAUUUCCUUCUGCAUGAGGUGUUAAUGUCGGCAGUUGCUGUACCAGACACCUGCACUGGCUUGUUGGUGCUGCGCUGCGUGAGUGAACUUCUCCAGCGAGCACUGCUUCCGGUUGGGCGGCGAUGGACAGCAGUGAAGAAGCUAGAAGCGCAGGCGGUGCAAAUGCGCCUGCUCACCCCAGACAGCCUUCAAAUUUCUGCACUUCAAGUGCUGAACCGGUUGUGUCGUCUACACCCACCAGCUUGUGAGAUUUUCCGCGAUGUCGCAUUGCAGUGCACGGAUUCAUUCCACUUGACGCACCGCCAAAUGGAAGGCUUCAGCCCUUGGUCAACAGCUGUUCCAGAACAAGUCCGCGGCGGGGCGGUGUCGCCCUUCGCAGCACCUGCAAUGCAGGCUACGGCGCCAAGACAUGACAAUACCAUGUUGUAUGCCGAAAUUCUGGAUCUGGUUGCCACCAUUUGUGCAAGAGGGUCGUUGCAGACCGCGAGCCUCGUGUGCCAGAAGCUGCUGUCACAUAGCAACCAGUGGUUCAACUGGAGCUUCCUGCUUGACACUUUGAUGCAGCACGCCAGAGUUCCUCCAAGCACCGGCGGAGGUCCUGGGCCGUCGGCCGGGGAUGCGAUGGUCAUGGCUUUGUGCAGACUUGUUUCUGGUGCCUGUGGAGGUCGAUUACUAGUCAUGCAGCCGAUCAUGCAGCCCAUCGCGAACAGCCUCAACUCAGGGGUGGCCUCUUCUCUCGGCGAUCCGUGGGGACGAGCGGAAAACCUUGCGGGCAUCUUGGUCGACGUGCUCAGUGCACAUCCAGAACCAGCUGUCAAAGCUGCUUGCUUGGGUGCGUUGGGCAACUUGGACCUGCCUCCACCUCAAGUGAGCAGGAACAUUAUUUCCUCCAUCUUGAUGGCCGUUCCUAGCCUUGUUCCCUUCGUCGAACAUCCGCGCGUUUGUGACGGUGCGGUCGCCAUAGAGCUGCUGGCCUGUGUGAUUCGCUUUCUGCAGGCCAUCCCGAUCAGCAAGGGCCGCUAUGGCUUGGACCUGCAGCCCCUCACGCAUGUGGUGAUCCACCAGGUGCUGUUGAAGGCCCUUGCCGAGCCAUCUGCAUUUCGAAGCAGCUCUCGGUACUGGAGGCUGGCAGCAUUGGCGCUGCGAUGGCUUCGUCUUGUGCUGCGUGGACCUUUGCCGAUGAGCACUUCCUCCAGUCUCAAUGCUUUGAUUGUGAGGCCGUACAGUGACAGCGACAGCACCGCAGCCGAAGUCUCCAUGCGUUGCGCUACGGGCAACGCCACAGCCUAUGCGUUCAGGUGCUUGCUGAGCUUGGACUCGCCUGUCUUCGCUCGAGUGUUGUAUCUCACUACGCUCCAGGGGCACGCAAUGGACGGGCUUACAAAUGGAAGAAGAGCAGAUGCCUCUCAAGCAUACCUGGAACAGUGUGCUCGACAUGGCCUGGAUGUUGUCCGCAUUCUACUGCAGCGAGACGUGCUUUUCUCCCGCCUACAUGCCCAAAACACCUCUGAGCGAGCUCUUUCCAGCAUGUGGUCUGGUGCGGCAUUCCUGCAGGACGGUCCGAUUCUGCCGACUCAUCGGCUACUUCUGGCCGAGUUUGCAUUCACCUACCCACCUGGAGGGUCAGGCCGUAGCAGCUCCUUCUCUGCCUUCAACCCGUUUUGGUCACAGAGGCCUCAUUUCGAGCAGACGGAGUCGCCAGAUGCUUCGGCAGGAAGCAGGCGACACAAUCCCAGCUACCUGGCACUGCUCUCCGAGUUCGUGGGUGUUCGUUCACACAACGGGAUCGGACGCCUAGCUCUCUUCGUCUUCAUGCAAUGCUCCUACCGCGAGCCACAGCGGGUUCUUCGGCUUCUGCAGCUGGAGCCUUGGAGGCUGGUGGCCCUCAGUGCCGCACUCUACGAUCGCAUCGUGGAGCCUGAUGAGGGCGAGGCCUGCAAGGAGGCUCUGACCGCUGCGAAGUCACAAGGCAAGACGUGGGACAAAAGCACGGAAGCUUACUUCAUGCACGAGGCCAUGGAGAUCGAUGCGUCUCCUGACUUCUGCCAUUUGGAUGUCACCUCUUUCGAAACUGCCCUGCCGCUCUGCCGCGCCGUCGAUCUGCUACAGCAGCUUGCAGAAGAUUCUGUGGUUCAGGCUGCUGACAUUUCAGUGUGGGCUCGGGGCUCCUCUGCUGAAGGAUCGGAUGCUGGUGCGUCGAGCUUGCGGGGGUGUGCAUCUUCGGAUGCGUCGCUAUUCAGGGCAGCCUACUUACGAGGUUUCGACAUUCCAGCCCAUUGGCUCUCGCACGGAGCCACUUCCUUGAUGGCCGUCAUCCAGAAUGAAAAUACGGUCCAACUGCCCUUUGCUGCCUUGGCAGCAGAGUCCAGCCGAUCCUUGACCCUGCGCUUCUUUCUUCUCCUCCUUGGAGAUACCACGGCGGACAGCUCUGCGCCAUCCCAGAGCCUCGCGCAGCUCCUCCUGGGACUCGAUCCGAAUGGCGAAUCUUCAGGCUUCGUCGAUAUUGACCAGACAAGGGCCGGAAAUCCAUCCGCCCUUGACGCGCUGAUGCUGCUGUUGGAAAAUCCUCCCAGCUUACCAGCCUGGAUCGACAGCGGCGCUCCAAGGUCAUCGAGCAGGGCCUUGCAGCCACGCAGCGCCACGCAGCCAGAGAUCCAAGAGGCGAUUCGGAACCACUCAGCCUACGAAGCUUCCUUGUCUGUCGUGCUCAGCCUCUUGGCCAUGCCGGCCCUCCGAGACGUGGUCUUGAGGUACAUGUGCCACGCAUGGACCUCCCGCUAUCGCGUCCUAAAGAGCCUCUUGGCCGUUUCAUGGUCCUCCUUGGCAACCUCGCUCCAGCGCAUCCUGCUCUCUGAAGCCGCGCUCAUCCUCCAGGUCUGCGCUUGGGAGAUGCGUCUGGUGUGGCCUUCUGGCCGUCCACCCAUGGAACAUCUCGACACCACGGCAGAUAUCCUGGGACAACAGCGUUUGGACAUGAAGAUGAAUGUGUCAGAGCACUUGCAGGAGGUGGUCUGCGAUCUCAUCUCCCACAGCGACAGCGGACUUUCAGGGCACACGAGCAUGCCAUACCUGGUCAACGCAGCUUUGCGCCUCGCCGACGCCUGCGACGUCGUCGACAAGGUUGUUGGCUCCGCGGCCUUGCAGGGGUCGGACUCCGUGCUGUUCGGCCGAGAUGCCAUGCAGGAUCAGCUCCGCGCAUCGACCUGCCAGUGCAUGGCGCCUGCGAAAGCAGGGGGUGCUCUGAGCCGCAAGCUAGAGCUGCAGGACCCACAUCUGCUUUUGCACCUGUCCGGGCUGAGCUAUCUGCUCAGCGCAACCGAAGCCGAAGGUGACCGGUCCCGUUUCGCCGCAGAUCUGCAGUUGCUCUGCUCUCGCAACGAAUAUGCCUGCAUUUCCUACUACACCGAGUGUGCAUGCAGCGGGUUGACAACCUUCGUUUCAGCGGCUCUUUCCCACCUGGUUGGCAGACCCCGGGCGAUGAUCGGAAGUAGCGAGUCAGAUUCGAGGGCGCAGGCUGCCAGAGCUCACCUGGAGGCUCUGCUCCCCGCCAUGGCCGCCGAGGAAGCGGGAGCCGAAGCUCCCCGAAGACUCGAGCUCCUCUCAGGACUGGCGACAGCUUUCCUGGCUGCAAUGAUCGAGCGAUCCAAGGCUCCGCCACUUGCCUUCGUCCGGCGGGUGUACGUGUUGCUGAGCGGAGCAUUGGUUCGACCUCUGGCCGUGUCUCGCGAGUCCCGCCGAAACCUCCAGGAGGCGUUGCUGGUCCUACUUCAACGGAUGCUGCCGGACCAGGCACUUGACGUCGCCAUGGGAUUCCAGCUGCCGGACCUGGAAGCUGAGGAUGCGACGGAGCUUGCCAGACUGGUCUCCUCUCUAAUGGCUGCCGAGAUGGCCGAAGCAGAGCAUGUUGCCGAGUCAGACCCGAGCUCAAAUGGACCUGGAGUUUCGCUUCCCCUCCUAUGUGGCCUGAUGACGCGGGUGCCUGCAAGGCAGCUCUCUACCGUUUUUUCUGGGCUAUGGCGGCAACUCACGGAGCUUAUUCAGGCGGGAUCACAAGCGUCUCUUCGAGAUGCCAACUGCCUGCGGCAUCUGCAUGGCAGCGCUUUAGCCGCGAUCCUUUGCCAGUCACCCGAGUCUGCCAGUGCAUUCUUCGAAGCCGGAGGGCUGUCUGCAGUGCUACGGCCAGAGAUGCUGCAGGGCAAGAUGCGAUUGGCUCCAGCCGGGCUGCACGCCUUGGACACGGUUCAUCCGGCUGCCUUGGUUUCUGUCUUGCAGGUUUUGGUGGCAAUGAUUGGUGUCUUACCUACGCACAACCUGGUGCUACAGAGCGCGCUGCAGUGGCUUGAGAGGCAUCUACAGCCUCUUCUCGACGUCAUGCAAUGGGUGACCCGGCUGCCGUUCACUACAUCCUCGGAGCCGAGAGCACGGGCCGUGGGUGGCGCAAGUCCCAGCAGUGUGGUGGCAGCCCUUGCCGCAAGAACUGGUCGGAGUGCGGGCAGGGAAGGUCCGGAUGCUAUGUUGGUCGUCUGCAGGUCUCCGCAGAAUCCACAGACUUCCGCCAGCACUACACGAGACUUAUGCGUAGACGGGCUUGCCUUCUGGCUCAGCGGGCGCUGCUCCAUGAGUAGUGGCUCUUCCGUCGGUGCAGAUGACAAAUAUGCCGACGGCAUCGCACUCUGCCACCGCUGUUUGGCAUUGUUUGUGGAGCUGUGGUCACUUGUGCACGUUUCAGUGGCGCGAAGAAGGAAGUAUGCCGCAGGAAAGGCGGAUGUUUAUCGAGCCCAGCUAGAGAAGCUGGAGCCGAUGAUCCAUGCAGCACUUCCAGGGCUCUUGAUGCAAGUUGCAAGUGCUUCCACACCAGAUCCAGACAGCAUGUCGGACGCAGAUGGCAGUGCUGGCAACGCAAUGCUGCUUGAAGCUCUGCGCCCAUCUGAGGUGACCCAGCACAGAAUCAUCUCCAACAUUUUGCAGAUCUGGAGAUAUGACAGCAUCACCCAGCACAUAAAGAUGCUUGCUACCAAACACCCCCAAGCGCAACCAAGUGCAGAGAGUGCAUGGGCACUCUGGCAGCAAGUGCAACAAACAGGGCCUUUUCAACAGGUCACGCACGGAACUGGGAUGUCCCAGUCCAUCGUUGGAGAGGUGAAGGUCCGCUCUGGCGUGUUGUGCGCCGUCUUCGUGCAUGCGUGCUGCAAAUUCUUGAGCCUAAGACUUUCUGAUCCGCUCCCAGUGCGCAGCGAGGGAGAUACCCUUGCUUCUCUCGAAGCGACUGUCGAUGGACAAGGCGGACAUGGCGAGCAGCUGCAUUUCGAUGGAGUUCCUGCCACAUUCACCCAAUUGCUUUACGUUGUAGAGAUUUCUCUGCAUCUCCUCUGCCUGCAUCUGAUGCUGCUGACGACGGUCGCAGACUUGGACGGGGUGCCAACUGUUUCUACGCAGACUCCACCCACACCGGGGCCGCGACUGGCCAUCGUCGGUCAGUACCUGCGCUUGCUCAUCGAGUUUGCCGCUGCCUCUGGAGGAUCCGUGGCGCUGGUGGCCAGGUGCCCGACGACCUGCGACCUUCCCUGCACGGUCUCCAACCUGGCCUUUGCAGCCAGCGCUGCCUCCGCGGUCCUAGCGGCGGUUGCGCUGGAGCCUGUCUGCCCAGAGCGUCCUUCAGUCGUCUCACCUCUGUUCCUACACUCUGCUGCGACGGUCUCCGUCAGACCCGCCCGCGUCUUUUCAUGCUCAAACUGGAACAUGGCGAGCUUCUCACGCUGCCUGGACAUUGCCAGGGCAGUUCCCUGCCCACAAAGUGGCCUUCUACGAGCUUCUGCUGCGCCAGCUGCAGGAGAGCUGUCUGGUCCAGCCACACUCAGAGACUGCUGCCUCAACCACAACGGACACGGAACCUCAGCAGUCGACGGCAAAAUCCAGGAUGAUGGCUUCGAGUCGGAGGCUGCGACCGCAUGCAGCACACGAGGCAUCGGAUCGGGCCAGCUCAUGCCUGUGCAGGUGCAGGCUUUAACCUCACAGCUGCGCUUGCACCCAAACAGCCGAGUUGACAAGGAUGCCCUGCUGGAUGUCUAUGCCAAGAGCUUGAAGUGGGCCUUCGGCGACGAGCCUCGAGGGGAAUGGCAGCCUCUGCACUGUAUACCUGUGCCACCGAUCGGCCCGCAGGAGAAGGUGCUCGAUCUGGAGGGAAAGGCCAUACCAAGUAGCGGUCCACCGCAGGCCCCAGAUCCCACGAAAAGGCCUCCAGAAGUCAGGCUGCUGUAUACCGCCUCACACAAAUCGCACUGCCGAUCUGUGGCGUUCUCGACAGAUGGACGCUUCUGUGCCACCGGGUGUUCCGACGGCAGCAUCAAGAUUCUAGACACCGCCAAGAUGCGAGUCUGUGCUGCCAGCACGGAGGGACCUGUCGGCAGAAUGCGAGUGACCGAGGAGGAGCUGAUGAAGCCAAUCGUCCGCACGCUCCAGGAUCACAUACAGGGCGUCACCUGCUUGGCAUUUCAUCCAACGAAUCCGACACUGUUCUCUGGCUCGAUGGACAAGGCAGUGAAGAUUUUCGACUUGACCCGACCGCCGGGUCACAAGAAGGCGUUCUCCGUUCUUCAGGAUGUUCAUGCUGUGAACAGCAUAUGUAUUCAUCCCUGCGGAGACUUUCUCUUUGUGGGGACCACUCACCAGGCAGUUCGUCUCUACGACCUGCAGACGUUAAGCUGUUUCACGACAGCUCGUCAAGACCAGCACCAUACAGCAGGAAUCAACGACGUUCGCUGCACGAGUGAUGGUAAGGUUUUGGCAUCUGCAUCUGCUGACGGAGGCAUUAAGCUCUGGGAUGCAGUCACCAACAGUGUCAUCAACACGCUGCCAAAGGCUCACAGCGGAUCUGCCGUGUGCUCCGUCCGAUGGAGCCGCAGUUUGCACUACCUGCUGAGCUGUGGCCAGGACGGAAGGCAGCGACUAUGGGAUGUGCGGAUGGGUCGAGAGGUCUUCUGCAUGGGCUUCGGAGCUCGUUCCGCUGACACUGGCACGGCAGUGUUCUUGAAUGGAGAGAAGUACAUUGCAGCUUGCAACAGCAAUGUGAGACUGAGCGAUGUCAGUCUCUUCGAUGCCACCACAGGCUCACCUGUCUUUAUGAAGCUGGGAAUGCACAACGUCCCAGUUCUCGGAAUCGAGGCCUCUCCUGUUGACAGGACGAUCAUGACGGGCUGCGAUGAUGAGAAAGCAAGAUACUUCAGCAUCGAGGCGGCAAACCUUUGUCAAGUAGACCUCUGUCUUCGGAUGGGUGCCAGGAGCGCGUGUGAGCACGGCGGCUAUGGGUGCAGAGAGGCAGAGCUUGACGGGAAAAGUUCUGCGUGGCAUCAGCAACCAGAGUCUGCUCAUGUGCUCUUCUCAGCCGCCUGA